AAAUGUCGUUCUCAGACAAUAUAGGGGGUGUUCCUGUCCCGCCUCUCCCAGUCAGAUCUAAUCCAAACCAACCAAGAGGAAAUUCAGGAGCACUAUAUCCUUCAGGGGCAACAAGUCAAGGGACACCUUACCCAGGGGCUCCCUAUGCCCCAGGGGGUCAGCAAGGGGUUCAGUAUCAACAAGGGACCGGUCAGGGGCCCCCGCUACCUCCAAGGGUAGGAGGAGGAGGAGGGCAGAGUAGAUAUCCUUAUCAGUCUCCAGCUUAUGGUGGAGUGCGGGGUGGAUAUUCAACUCUCUCCCCAUACAGUUCACAAUACUCAUCUAUAUCCAGAUAUCCACCAAGUUAUAUGGGAUAUUCUCAGUUUGAUACUCAGAAUAGUUUUAUAAGUUUAGCAGAGCACAGUGCUCUUCCUGCAUUUCAGUCAAUUGAAUCUAUUGUUCAAGCCUUCGGAUCUGUUUCUAUGAUGUUAGAAUCCAGUUAUCAUGCAGUGCGAGCUAGUUUUCAAGCAGUGCUGGGCGUGGCAGAACAUUUUACUAAGAUGAAACUUCAAAUAUCACAGGUGUUCUCUGCUCUUGCUGCUUUCCGGUUUGUAAAAUAUUUGUACCAGAAACUACUGUACGUAACAGGACUACGCAGGGGAAGUAAUCCAGGGUUUGCUGAUACUGUUUGGAAAGCAGAGGCUGUAGCUCAAUCCUCUCUUACUGAAAUGGAUCUCAAGUCUCCUGUAAAAUGGCCUCUUCUAAUGUAUCUUGGACUAACCAUAGCAGCCCCAUACCUUAUAUGGAAACUGUUAGGCUCAUUUAAUAGAGAUGAGAGAAAGGUAGAAUGGGAGCGGGGCAAAGGAGAACAUUUUAUCGCUAAAUCUGUUCAUUCUUUCCAGUCCCAGCAGCCUGGAGAUCUCAGUUUUGAUGCUGGUCAGAUGCUUGUAUUGGCUCCUCGUCAUCUCCAACCAAGGCAACAAGGUUGGCUGCUAGCUUCUUGCUCUGGUAGAACAGGAUUAGUUCCAGCCAAUUACAUUAAUAUUAUUGCCAGAAGGGAAGGAGGAGAUGAAUGUAGUAAAGGAAAUGGAGCCAUUAAACAAAAUGGAGACAAAGGACAAAAUGGAGCCAAUGGAGUUGCAGGAGUGUCAAGGCCAGAUAUCAUAGAAGAAUCAAUCGUGUCAAAUGAUCAAUUUGAGUCAGUUUUUGAUCAAGCAUUUGACCCAGAUCGUAAUUAAUACUUAAUUAUAAACUUUAUUUUUUAUUUUAAGCGGGAAACAUUGCAAUGUGGAUUAAACCUCAACUAUUUGCAUUUUAUGAUAUUUUGGAAAUUAUUCGCCAUUUUGACCAUUUUUUAAAACUUCAUCAUUUCUUCAAAUUUGAAGUGAAAUUGCAUAUAUUUCACUGACCCAGUUGAACAUCUGAAAUCUUAAUAUUUAAAACAUAUCUUUCCUCUGGGUUAUUAUGAAAAUUUUUCUUAUAAGAUACUUAGAUUACUCAUAAUAUAUAUUAUACUAUUUUAGAUAUAUAACCAACUGUGAUUAAAACCUGAAUUU